UGUGUGUGUGUGUGUGUGUGUGUGUGUGUGUGUUUAUUUUGGACAGAUCAGAAGAAUUUUGGUUCCACAGCUACAACAACUCUUCACUUCUUCUCUCAUAUCUGCUUCUCAGCAAUGACACUAAAUGUGCUAAUGAAGAACUGAUCUCUUCUAAUGCAGAUUUGGGAAACACCGGAAAGACGAACGCCAGGGGGAAAAGAUGGAUUGAAAAUGAUCCAGCAAAUGGAGGUUGGAGGAGACGCAGGUUUCCUAGGAGGAGACGAUGAAGAUAAGGAUGGAGCAGGAGAGAAUCCAGGCCAAAACCAGGGAACUGAGAGAACGUCAAGCUAGGGAACGUGACUACGCUGAGGUUCUGGAUGUCAGCCGAUCGCCAGAGAGGUUGUCCGAGGAUGAGUAUUCUUACAGUGGAAUCGAUGAUGGUCACAGUUGCCCCCACAAUCCUGGAGAGGGUUACCCCCAUAUCCACGCCCACCACCAGUACCAACACUCGGACUCUUUCUACACCCAAGGCAGCAAAACCCACCAUGACCGUCCUCCGUCUGCAGACAGGUAGGUCUGGUUUCCUUUGACAGUAAGAGUGACUCUGGACUGUCAGAACCAGUGGUGUUCAGUACCAGCUUAUAUGUGGUCAUGAAUCCAUGUCCACAUUUACAGCUGCUUUGGGUGUUGAAAAGUGAGAUUGGGUUUCUUUGAUCUACGGAAGCCCAGAAGGACAUUUUUCAACGAGCUAAAAUACCUUUAGACAUGUACGCAGCCAAGAUCCUUUUUUUCUCGAGUACACCCCCUAAGGCCAUGACUGACAGCUGUCAAUCAUGUAAAAAAAAAAACAAACAAUUUCACACAUUGAAAGGCAACAGUAGCAUCUUCUCCCAAAUUCUGCUUUGGAUCUACACACAGUUCAGCAGAAGCUCAGGCGAGAUCAUCCACAGACCACUAAAUGUUUAUUCAUUUAUUUAUCAGUUCUCUUUGGUCCAUCUGUCACGUGGGGGCAUCAACAUGGCAGGAAGCAGGCAGGACCCAAAUGCAGUACUGGUGCAGGUAGUUUAUUUGAAAGAGCAAAAACAACAAAAACUCACUUCUACACAAGAACAGGACAAACUAGGAACUUGACUGAGCAUAGAAACAGACUAGACUAGGAACAGCUACACCAUUAACCAGCUGCAAUACACAACACAGUCACUGAUCCAACCACACUGCUCCAACCACACUGAUCCAACUACACUGACCCAACAAGGGCAGGGUGAGGGAGAGAGGUAUAUAUACACAGGGAGCACCAGGUGACACAAGUGAAGCUAAUUACAGACAGGUGAGUGUGAUCACACAGAUUACCCCACACAGCAGGAAAAGGAAACAGACAGACAUGACACCAUCCCCAGAUGGCCUCAGCAGCUGGUGUGUUCUUCAGGAGCUGCUGUUGAUUCUCAGCGGUGUUUAACUGUGUACAGGUGCUCCACUGUAUUGUUAAAGAUGUAGUACUGGUAUUGGUGAUGGAAAUAGUUUAUUGUAGUAGUUGUAGUAGUGAUUGCAAUAGAAGUAGGAUUAGUGGUAGUUUUGGUAGUACUAGCUACAAAUUAGCAUAGAUAUUAUAGAUAUAGAAAUUAGCAUAAGAUUUUGUAAAUACAUUUAUUCAAUCUUUACAAUAUAUUCAUUAUAUUAAGUUUCUAUAUCAAUUUAUACUAUUAUUGAAUGUUUAUGUUAUGCUGUCCUAAAUGGAAAAGUGCUGAAGAAAGGUGUGCAUGCUGAUGGUUUGCAUAACUGGAUGAUAUGGAUAGCACUGAAUGGUACUGACUGUUACAUUUGGAGAUAGAGACAGGACACAGAACCGGCCAGAACUAGUUUCUUUGCCCAAAUAAGGAGACCGACAGA